GAUCAUCAAUAACAAAUAGAGUUAAAAGACAUUGAGCAUAAGUUUAUAUAAAUGUUUGGGUAUGAUUAUCGUUUUAAAACUUUGUUCAUUAUGAAGCACAUAACUGGGAAAAAGCCUUGAUAAUGGCAGAAUAUAUAAACCAACCAGAGUUAUGCAAAAGAUUGAUCGAUUAUGUUGUUGUUGUCGGAGUACGGAAUCCAACACUCGGUCUAACCGAGACACCAGAAACUUUAAGGAAAUUCCCAACAGAAGAUUACAAUGAUUUUUAUUUUCCACCUGACGUUGUCUUCUUUUGCCAGCCUGAAGGCUCGUGUACAGUCACGAAGAAGAUCUCUCUCAGACAAGCGAUGACUUUCGUGUUCACUCUGACUGAUAAAGAAUCGGGGAAAACACGAUAUGGCGUCUGUAUGAAUUUUUUUCGACCGUGUUAUGCUUCGUUGACAAACGAAUUCAAAGAUCCAAAGGGUCACGCCAAUGAUGAGAAUUGUAGUGAUACGAAAGGAACUAAAUCCAAAGGAGUAACUCGUUGUAUGUCUUUGACUUCCAUCUGUAUAAUUUCCCAUCAUCCAGUAUUUUCAUCAUUUCGCGAGUGUUUGUUGGUUCUACGACGAAUGAUCGAGUCUAGAGGUGUUAGUUAUGAUCUUAACUCGUCCUCAAAGCAAACAUCACAAGCUCUAGAUUGCUGGUCGUUGUUCCUGUGCAAUGAAGACCCCAAACUCAGUCCUCUCCAGGAAGAUAUGCGUGAGAUUGAAUCAUGGAUACAUCGAUUACUUGUGACUCCAGUUCCCAUUCCAGGAAGGACUGAGGUUGAACUAGAGUUGUUACCCCAGGAGUUACAUCCAGCAAUAUGUUUUGCAUUCCCUGAUGCGAAGAGGUUUUCAUUAGUGGACUUCCCGAUUCAUCUUCCACUUGAGCUACUUGGUGUCGAGACAUUUCUUAAGGUUUUAACAUGCAUCUUGUUGGAACAAAAGGUUGUAUUUCAAUCCAGAGAUUACAAUGCACUCACAAUGACAAUCCUGGCUAUGUCAUCAUUGUUGUAUCCUCUUGAGUAUAUGUUUCCAGUCAUACCAUUGCUACCUAGCUGCAUGAACAAUGCUGAACAGCUCCUCCUGGCUCCCACCCCUUACAUCAUUGGUGUCCCAGCAAGUUUUUUCAAGUAUAAAACCAACGACUUCAGUAAUCCACAUGAUUUGUGGAUUGUUGACCUUGAUUCCAACAAGAUAACAGUUCCGUUUCAAGCAGAUGAACUGCCUGAAUUGCCAGAACCAGAAGCAAGCAUUCUGAAAGGAAAUCUUAAAAGGGCUCUUGCGUCGCUGUCCAUACCACCUCAAACUAUUCCCAACUUGGAUGGUCAGUUUUCAUUAAGCAACGGCUUCUCAGAUGCGUUUAAUAAAGUUCCUCUGGGGUUAACCAGUAAUCAUGUUGUUUAUGGUAAUGACGUAGACGCCGUCGACGUAGCAGUACGAGUGGCAAUGACGUCAUUUUUCUUAGCUCAAAAUGUACUUGGUGGUCUUUACGAGCACACGAGAACGUUACGACUGUUUCCGAGACCAGUUGUUGCGGUCCAAAAAGAUGCUUUUCUUCAGUCAUUGCCAAACGUCUCCAAGUUCGUGAUGGCGCUAGUUGAAACCCAGAAUGUUGAAUAUUUUGCUGAAUGGUUAGUUUAUCCCAGCAAUAUUGUUUAUACAAGAAUACAAAUGGGUAUAACUGACCCGCAUUUGGUAGGAGACAAACCACGGUGGUACAACUAUAAACUGGAUAAAUUGAACUUCAAAGCUUUCGAUCCCGAUUCGAAACUAUGCAACCAGGAAUGGAUCGCAUACGAAACUGAACUGUUCAAUGACAUCUACGAGAGCGAUGAUUCGGAAGCGAGACAGCGUACAUGUAGUAUAGAAGAUGAUGACAGCAGUAGUUGCUAUUCUUCCGUCAGUGAUACUGUCGCUGAGAUGUUUCGAGGAGAUAUUCACGGUGAAACUCCUUCAGGUUCAGUUAAACCACCGUUCACUCCACCAGACACAACCUCACCUACACCUAACUGCAUGGCUAAACUUCAAAAUGUUGAUAACUUUUGGAAUAACAAUAUAGAUCGAAACCUUGAAAAGCAGCCAGGCUCAUUAGAAGACGAAGAUUUUAUUGAUGAUAUCGUUUACUCAGUUUCGAAUCCACCAUCUCCAAUAUUGAAUAAUCGCCGCGAGUCUUCAAAUUCUGGCUCAAGUAUAGUCAGUGAUCCUGUCGCUAAGUCAGACAUGACUGGACGGACUCAUUCUGAAGUGAAUGGCUUUCGUAAAUUCAACAAUAAUUCCAGUCCUGAUCUUCAGGCGAAAAGUUCUGUGUCAAGCGGUUCACCAACACCGACCAGAUCGCGUACGAUGGAUGCAAAGCUCGCUAGCUUACAAGCAAACUCUUUAUUCAAGCCAGUCAGUAAGGAGGGGAAACCAAUAUCACGUGAGGAUCAACAGUUUCUACAUGAAGUAGUGGCGUCGGUGCUGAAUGCAAAUGGUGUCGGGAUGUUUAAGAAGAAACGAUUGCGAGAUCUUAUGACGAAGGAGACGUGCAGACAGAAUGUGGUGAAUAGAUUUUUACUGGAGAUUUCCGAUGAUAAGAAAUCUGAUGUCGUAUCUGAUGUGCGUGUUCAUAAGAGCGUGCUGAGGGGUAUGUUAGAGACUCUGCGAAGUGUUGUGUUUGGGCUGGAAAAUAGUGUUUCAAAUUACUGCCUCGGUCGAGUAACCUCGGCGUACCAUUUCCUUCGUAUUGCGCACACACACUAUUAUGGUCGUGAAAUCAAGAAUAUCGACCUCGAGAGCGACGACAAUUCCCGACUAUCUCCGGCGGAUAGUAUUUCGAACCUCUCGGAUACAUCAGAUACGACUGUGUCAGCAAAUGAAAGUGGAGACCGGUCUACGUUGGUAGUCAGUGACAGUGAGCAAGACAGUGGUCAUUGUGAUGCCAGUGAAGUCUAUGGUACAGAUAUUGAUUCUGUAAUGACGCCAAUGUUUGCAAACAAGUUUGAAGAAAAAACUUAUCGUCAUCUUCACCUUGGUCGAAGUAACAGCGACGUCACGGAUGUGAAUUGUGCAGAAACCUCAGAAUUUAAAACGAACUUAACGCGAGCGUUGUCGAAUGUCGAAACACAUCUGUCAAUUCCCUCUAGCAACGGGAGAACAUCCCCGAGUGCAAGUCCGCGUCUUGGGUCCAGAUCUUCAGGCUGUAGUCCAAGACUUGCUCAUAUGAAAAUGACUUCAGUGAGUAGCUCGUUGAAACCAGGAGCCUCUUUACCCAAUGUUGAUUUUCUUGCUCGGAAAAGUGAUCUGAGUGAAGGAUAUAGAUUCUGUAAUGGGGAACUUAUCGAUGUUAGUGACGGAAUGUCCAAACCUGGCGUGGUUACUGGAAGAAAGUACUUGUUUCAGGGAUUGCUUGCAGAACGAUCCUCAUUGUGGGAUAAUAUGGAUUUUUGGGAGUAUUUAUUUAUGGAUGUCGUAGCAGCUGAACGUGAUGCUCUGGGGAUGAAUCAAAACCACGGAGAAAUGAUUGAAAGAUAUCGGUCUCUUGGUCAUCUGGAACAAAAACGUUUAGAAGAAGAUGAAGAUAGAGUCCUGGGAACGACUUUGUUUAAUAUUGCUGCGUUCAUGAUUCAUAUUCAAGUUAACAAAAAUGAUAUGAAGAGGAAAAUAAGACGAAUCAUUGGUAAAGCUCACAUUGGAUUGAACCAAAGUCAGUCUGUGGGUCAGCUGUUAGCACAAUUGGACUACGUUCGAGGCAACGACGUGGAUUUGCGUCCAGACUGCAGCCGUUUGAUGACAAAGAAAACAUUUGUGGUUCAUUGUGGUAGUAAUCUUAUUGGAGAUGUUUAUUUCAUGGAGGUUUAUGAUGAUUGUAUAUUACUACGAGCACCAUCUGGUGCGAUUCUUGAACGAUGGUGGUAUGAGAAACUGGUGAACAUUACAUACUCACCAAAGACAAAGAUGUUGUGUUUGUGGUACAGACAGGGACAGGACACGCAAUUAAACAAGUUUUGUACAAAGAAGUGCAAAGCCCUCUACUUCUGCAUCAAAGCAACAAUGCAAAGAGCAGCGGAAAGAUUACAAGGUUUAAGAGCUGGUCCACAACUUGGAGGAAAAUUUCCUGCUCAGGAUGUUGACAAUGGCCAGGUUGGAAUCCUUGAAGUUUCAUUGGAUGGAAUAACUGUUAAAUUUAAGAACAAAAGGACUCAUCUUCACCUGAACUGCAUCAAAAAUUGCUCAACACAAAAGGGGAUUCUUGUCAUUGAUGAGUUUGAUCCCGUUACACAAGAAGAAAUUCAACAUAGAUUUAAGUCGUCUCUGGCCAGUGAUAUUUGCUAUGCAGUCUUGUGUCUCUUUUCCUAUGCUGCUGCAUCAAAAGGUCUUCAAGUUCGUUCAUAAAAUCACGUGACAACCUCAUGAUCGACUGGUCGACCAGCAGAUAUCGUACAGAAGAUACAAGAAGAACGUCUUCUCUUAAGACAAACGUGUAGCAUCCGAGCGGCUGAGUUCGUGUAAGAAAGUAAUUGACGUAAAUAUAUUUAUGUAUAUUAUCAUUUAGCAGAGGAUUCAAUUGCAAUUUCUGAUUCUCCUGCAUGAAGUCCAGGCUACUUCAUUUUCCAAAAUGUAUAACAGUAGAUUUUUAUCUAUCGGUCAUGAUUCGUCGGACACUCGGUAAGUGUCGUAAACAGACGUAAUCGUCACUAUUUAAAAUAGCCUUGUUCCGGUGGGGGGCGAUUACUUCUUUUUACGGUGCUUUUAAUUUUGACGGACGAUGGAUCAUAAUUUAAAAGGUAGCGUGCAAUCGGAUAUGCGCAGCGGUUUUACUUAUUAAAAAUUGCCCAAAUUUCGCAUAUUCCAAAUUUUCUUCGACGCGAACCUCAGUGGCGAACUCUAGUUCAAAUUCAUUCGAAACGAUAGCGGACCAAUAUUUUGACAGAUACUGUAAGUUUAUAUAAUACCAUAUUGAAAAAAAAAUAUUGUGGUUUUUAAAAAGUAAAAAAAGCGUUUGUUUACGUUUUACGUUUGUUCAAUCGUGCUUAAUAGCACGGUCAUGAUUCGUCUCACACUCGGGAAGUAUCGUAUAAGCAGACGUGGUCGUCACUAUUUAAAUUAAGUAACUUUGGUCCAAAGGGGCGAUUACUUCUUUUUACGGUAAUUUGUUGACUGACGGAUCUCUGUGCAUGCGAGUAAAACUUAUGGCUGCUUUCCACUGUCGCGUUUAUUCUUUUAUAGGCGGACGUAUACGCACGUAAAAAAUAAAAUCAUUUCAGUGUUACUUAUGAAAUCAACGAUUAAAUAGACGCAUAGGGCUGGGUUCUGUUGAUGAUUUGAUGUGUUUCCUCUGCCAUAAAAUUAAUUGUAGAACAACAACUUAGAAAGUUUUAAGCCUUCACGUGCGUUUACGCACGUGCAAAAACGCGGCAGUGGAAAGCUGCCCUAACGCCAAAAAUGGAGAUGGCUGUGCGGAAUUCUGCAUUUGCUAUUGUAUUACAUUGUGGCAAAUUUUGUAUUACCUCUAACGAAUCUCUCCAUACAUGUUGGAUGCGAUCGAGAUCGAGGGCACAAGAAUCUGCCCAAGACUAGUGACAACGAUUGAACCAUCGCAUAAUUAUUGUGUAUAAACGAUUAUUUAUAAACGAAUAAAGUGUAGAGAAUUCA